AUGCCGCCGCCUGUACCCUCACUGACUGAUUGGAUCGGCAACUGCUACCCAGGGCUGGACCAUGCAGUUAAACUUGUGAACGAGAUUUACACUGUUAUACGGAAUGUGAAGAUCUAUCGGGAGCAGUGUAUGGUUCUAGCCGACAGGUGUCGGAGACUGUUGCUUUCGCUUGAUGAGAAUCUCCGCUCUAGUAAUUUAGAGGGCACUAACGCUCAGCGCGCUGCGGAUGACGUUGAGAGUGCCAUCUACCACGUGCUAAACAAAGUUCAGACUUGGGCGUCCUUAAGUCGCGUCAGGAGCAUAUUGCAGCAGAGUAGCAUCAAGCAAGGUAUUGACGAGAGCUACCGCGAGAUUGAAUUAUGUGUUACCCAGUUCAACUUUUCUAUGAAUAUAAUCAUCAACGGAGAAACAGUUAAACUAGCUGAUGCGCAAACCCGGGAUCAUGCCGAGCUGCGAGAGCUCUUGCAGAGUAUCCUUUGGGACCGAAACGAAAUGAAGACAAUCCUUGGACUUGAGAAGCCAGCCAUUGAGGGCAUCAUGCGAAGUAUCCAGGAGGAACUACUGGAACGAGAACGGCGAUCUCCGGGGCAUCAAGAGGAACAAGGUCAAGAUGCCCUUGUCCAGGGCUUGUGGAAAGUUCACAGCGAAACGAAGAUACUACCCCCGUUGACAGAUUUAACGGGUCAAGUCGUACUCACAAGCAAAUUCCCGGUCAUUCCGGGAAACUACAGUGAUAUCUACACCGGAGUUUGGCUGGGUGAAGAGCGGGUAGGACUGAAAUUGCCUCGCGGAAUCACCACCCGAGCAGACCAGGACAGAUUUGAGCGAGAAGUAGGAAUAUGGAGGCAUUUGCAGCAUCCCAAUAUCGCUCGUCUCUAUGGAAUCGCAUAUCUCGACGAUCAACAUGUUUUCAUGGUUGCUCCUUGGCAGCAGAAUGGAACUGCUAUCGACUAUGUGCGAAAGCGUCCAGGUGUCGAUCGUAUGCGACUGUUGAAUGAAGUUGCCUCAGGACUGGAAUAUCUUCAUCUGAAUAAGAUAGUCCACGGAGAUUUGCGCGGUGCUAACAUCUUAAUCUCUGAGUCCGGUAAAGCGUUGAUAUCCGACUUUGGUCUGUCGAAGGUCAUAGAAGAGGUCCGCGAUAGCGGCACGAGUACGUUGACCGGUGUCACUCCUGCGCGGUGGAUGGCGCCGGAGCUUUUCAAGCCUGAGCGGUUCGAUCGAGUCCAUGCGGUUGUCUCUACGCAGACCGAUAUAUGGAGCUUUGCGAUGGUCUGCCUAGAGCUUAUCACAAGACAGCAUCCGUUUUGCGAGAUAUCUCGGGACAUGGAAAUUCCCUUCAAAGUACUGGAAGGGACUCGACCCGGACGGCCUGACGGCUCGCUUAUGACAGACGGUCUGUGGGACCUUAUGGAGGCAUGCUGGAAGCACGACCCCAACGAGAGGCCAUCUAUGACGGAUGUACGAACGCAUAUGAAGAAGCUUGAAAAUGACCCUCACAGCCUAUUCGCUGGAGCUGUGAUUGGCGUUCCUAUCUCCGAGUCGCCUCCCCCCCUUCCAGAUGUGGGAUUGCCCGGGCCCGCAGAUCCACCUCCACAUUCUCUUACGGACAGACCCAUUCCCUUGCGUAGCCCCUUGCAGCGGACGUCGGAGGAAGAUUCCACGCAACGUACUUUGCCUUCCAAUACGGAAAUGCCCACGCGGUCCGCUGGGCACAGGUACUCUCGCCGAAAUAAUCCUUCGGUGGAUCCUGCUACAGGUCUCGUUGGUUCCUUGCCUCAUUCUCCCGCUGCAUCGGAACACUCUACAUUUUGGCAGCCUGAAGAUCCUGCUAACGUGCCGGCCGGUACUCUAGCUGAUACGGGCAAAAGCCUCGUAAGCAUUACCCGCCCUCAGCAGAAUCCGGACCGUCCCGGUUCACGGCCUGGAACGGCGAGAUCCUCUUCGAGCAUCGGUUCCAUGAGCCAGGGCCAGUCCAUAGAGUCAUUGCCAUCUCGAGAGUCUCUUCCCGGUAUUCGCAACGGUGAAGAGCGCCGGCAAACGGGCAGAACUCCCCUGCCUGUCCCUUCAAGUCCAGUUUCGGGACAGUCGCCGUCGUCGCCGUUGUUGAGUCCGUCUCUGCUUCGAGGCCAAGCGCCAGCUACGUUGCCGAGCGUGUCUCGCUCUGGGAGUACGGCGUCUUUAAGUCAUCCUCAUUUGGCUCCUGGUAUCGCUUCACUCCCAGAAAACAUCCGCAAUGCCGUGAAUGACCCGGGAUACGACGUGCAAGUUGCUCACGACGAUAGUAUUGCCGGUGGAACAGCACAAGGACUGAUCGAGCAAUUGCUUGAUGGAAGUGCAAGUGAAGGGGAGAAUUAUCGGGCUAUAUUUAUCAAGACAUAUCGUCUUUUCCUCAUGCCUGCAGAGUUGUAUCAGUUGAUGAUUGACCGCUUUCGUGCGACCGAGUUCGAAGAAAAUCGCGAUCUCCCCUUGCAACACCGUAAUGCCACCCGUCUUGCCGUUUUGAGCUUCCUGAAGAGCUGGCUCCGAUCCCAUGAUGUUGACACAGAAACUGAUCUUCUGGAGGACAUGCGAGCCUUUGUUGGGUCUAUCAGAAGCCACACUGGCACCUAUGCCCCGCCUGUCGCGCGAGAAAUCGUAGCCAUUCUCAGCCAAAGAUUGGAAAGGAAUAGUACCCUCUUGCGAGUGUCACCUUCUCCUCUCGCUGUCAAGAGUGUCAGAGCUAAGGGCGAAGAUGUCAGCGCUCGUCAGCUAGCCAUUGCUUUGACGAUAUUGGAAGGACAGCGGUAUCGGAAUAUACGUUCCUCAGACUGUGUUCUCAAAUUUCGUGAACCCCCAGUCCGCAAUAACAUCGACAUUGCAUAUGAGACAAGCAUGCGACUUCAUAAUUGGGUCAAGCGAUCUGUUCUGCGUCCUGAUUACAUUUUCUCUCGGGGUUCAGUCGUCGGGUUUUUCUUCGAUACUGCGGAGGAAUGCGAGAAAUGCCAUAACUAUUCUUCCAUGGCUGCGAUACUCAAUGCCCUACUGUCUCCGACGAUAGCCAGGCUUGACUUGACCUGUAGCUUGGGCAUCAAGAACAGAAACGGGACUUUCAAGAGGAUGGCACGUGUUAUUAGUGAUGAAAACGAUUACAAGCAUUAUCGUAAGGCUGUAGAGGAUUGUCGCAAGGCCUGUGUUCCUAUUUUAUCCGUACAUGUGUCCGAUGUGCAAAGAAGCUGCACCAGCGGCCUGUUGGUCACGGUUGAUGGCCAGGAUCUCAUCAACUACAGCCAUUGCAAACAGUUGGCUCGACAUGUAGACGACAUGCUACAAUUCCACCCGCCUGACCUCGACAAACAGCAUGACCCAGCCGUGUUCGCAUAUAUGGAGUAUCAAUUGAACGCUUCGCCUAAGGAUACUUCGUCAGAUGACCAAUUUGAAGCCAGAAGUCUGCAGUUGAAGGCGAAGCAGUCAAAGGAUCGCACUCUGGUGGCUCUACAGAUUCUUGGGUUCCCAGAGCGACAUGGAACUUCCUAGUUCUUUCCUGCUGCUCUCGAUGUCGUUGCGAAUGCCGUCUGCAGGAGGGUUCCGCCCUAUCACUGUCAUUGGUUCAGUCUUGAAUAUGAUCAAUACCAUUCUGAUUGUCAUAUUAAGUAAGACACUGUAUGAACGUAAAUUACAAGCACUGUAUUAAUCAUGUACGCGAACGGCUACAAAUGACGAGCGAAACGGUCCAGUCAAAGGGAGAUCUCACAGCAAAAGCGAGGAGCGCAGGAGUUACGCUUGCUAAUCAGCCAGCGAAACUCCAGAUCCUGACAUCACCAUCGUCGCUUCCCGACACUAUCUUAUCCUCUCCAAGGGCGAGACAGGUCACAGCUCCACGAUGACCAAAGAGCGUCGCAGUACACUUGCCCUCGUCUCGCAUCCAUAUUUUUAUCGUCCUGUCGUGGCUUCCACUGACCAGGCGUAACUUGUCGCUCGCGACCGCCCAGACACCUUCGAUAUGACCGAACAGCGUCCGGACCACUUUCCCCGUCUCUAUAUCCCAUAGCUUUAUGGUGUUAUCGAGACUUCCUGAUACCAAAAGCGGCUUGGAGCGCUUUGGCAUAGGAAGCUUAGAGGCUUCAGGCGCUGACGAUGCAGAACCUAAAGAUGCGCUCGGUAGAAUAUCGCAGGACGCCAGUCCUGAUAACGAGCUAGCUUGGUCGGACGGGACCGUCAUAGACGCCAAAGCCUGCUCGUAUAAUGGCAUGCUAGAAGACGCCACCGAUGAUGGUUCUGGACUCAUCUCUUCCGGCGUAGACUCCCCCGGCUCGUCGUCGCAUUCAUCCAGGACAAGGAGCUUCAUGCUCUGUACCUGGCCGACGUGGCCAGUGAACUGACGCACACAUGAUCGCAGCGUGAGAUCCCACAGUCUGAUGGUGCCGUCAUCAGAGGCGGAGAACAGCAUCUUGCCGGGGUCAAUGCACGGCGUCGACGUGGUCGAUGCCGAGGUCGUGUCGCUGAACGCCGAGUCAAAAGAAUGCGAGCUGGACACACUCGGUGACUUGCUCUUGGACAACGCCGGUGCCGAGUCCCAGAUCUGGACCGAGUUCACCCAGUCCCUGUGUCCUCUGAGCGUGAAACACUCCUUCGUCCGAAAAUUCCAGAUUUUGAUGGUGGAGUCGACACUGCCGCUGGCGAGGAUAUUGUCGUCGUAGUUUAGACAGACCACUCCUUCGGAGUGGCCUUCCAGUGUUCGCAUGCAUUUACCUGUGCGCCAGUUCCACACCUUGAUCGUAUGGUCCAUGCUACCUGUAAUCAAUUUGGCUUCGUCGAACUGCAACGCCCUGACGGCCCGGGUAUGGCCCUUUAGACACCGGAUCUCCGCGCCUGUCUCCAUAUUCCAGACUCGGGCGGUGCGAUCGUAAGAGCCAGUGAUCAAGAUGGGGAAAGAGGGGUGCGAC